AUGUUCAACUUAGCCGUGCAGUAUUUAAUAAUACACUCAUGUGUUUGGGUAUUCGCCAGUGGACAAUCGGCCAGCAAUUGUGCAGCCAAAGAAACCUGCGAAGAAUGCAUACAAGAUAUCAACUGUGCUUGGUGCAUCAAUUCCGAAAAUGAUAACGGAGGUCAAUCGGUCCACUGCAACCCCAAAAAUGAAAGCCAAAACUGGUGCCAACAAUCCGACCUAAUAUCUCCGUCCAUGUCUAUCCAAGUAAAUAAGGACCUCGACUUCUCCAACGACAUCGACAAUCCCGUCCAAAUAAGACCGCAGGCCGUCAAACUCAGUUUGAGGAAAGGCGAAACGUACGACCUGAGAUUCAAGUUCAAAAGCGCCGCCAAUUACCCGGUCGACUUGUACUACCUCAUGGACUUGUCCAAAUCCAUGGAAGAGUACAAAGACAACCUGGCAACACUGGGAAUCCAACUAGCCGAAACCAUGAUGAACAUCACCACGAAUUUCCGACUGGGCUUCGGCAGUUUCAUCGACAAACGCGAACUGCCUUUCGUUAGCACCGUACCACAAAAAUUGAGUUCCCCCUGCGUGACGACCAGCAAGGUCAAGUGCGUCAGCCCCUACAGCUUCAAGAACCACCUGAGCCUGAGCGCCGACUACCAGAGGUUCGUCAGCCAGGUGAAAGCAGCGAAGGUCUCCGGCAACCUGGACUCCCCCGAGGGCGGCUUGGACGCGAUCAUCCAAGCCAUGGUUUGCAAGGCGAAGAUCGGCUGGAGAGAGCAGGCCCGGCACUUACUGGUGUUCUCCACAGACGCGCUGUUCCACAUAGCCGGUGAUGGAAAACUGGCCGGCGUGAUCGAGCCCAACCCUGCAAGGUGCUACGAAGACGACGCCGAUUACUUGACCUACGAUUACCCCUCCGUGUCGCAAUUGAAUUACGUCGCCAACGAGAACAACGUUAAUAUCAUUUUCGCCAUUGUGAAGAAAGGUAACGAUCUGUUCACCGCCUACAAGCGAUUGUCCCUUAACGUUAAAAACUCCAAUUUCGGCGAAUUGAGCGAUAAAGGUGGGAAAAACGUCGUACACUUGGUUGUAGACAAUUAUAAUAAAAUAGUCCAAAGCGUGAAAUUCACGCACGACGCCCCCGCCGAAGUGGACAUCAAGUUCACGUCAAACUGCAACAGCGCAAUUCCCGGCCGCUGCGGCGACAUCCACGUGGGCAAAGAGGUGGACUUCGUGGCCUCGAUCCAAGUGAGAGACUGCCCGACCGACGGUUCCCUCGCCCGCAGGAUCACCAUCAGGCCGGAGGGCCUCAACGAGAACCUCACCAUCGACCUGGACUUGCUCUGCGAGUGCUCGUGCUCAUCGCCCGGCCACGCGUCCUUCAAGAGGGACUCUGAACAGUGCAAUAACCAGGGGAACUUGAAGUGCGGCAUCUGCGACUGUUUCGAAGGGCGAUUCGGGAGGAACUGCCAAUGCGACAGCUCUUUGAGUUCUUCGGAUAACGUCACUAAUUGCUUUAUGGAAGGGUCUACUGAUAUUUGCUCCGGGGCUGGUACGUGUAAAUGCGGCAAAUGCGAAUGCCAGAACAAUAAUAAAAAUCCCAAUCAGAGAAUCUACGGGCAAUUUUGCGAGUGUGACAAUUAUUCCUGCAAACGAGAAGGAGGUUUGUUGUGUUCCGGAAAAGGUAAUUGCAAUUGUAAGAAAUGCGAAUGCCAGGCGGGAUUCACGGGAGAUGCUUGCGAAUGCGAUGAAAGUCAGGUAAAUUGUAUAGCGCCCGGUAGCGAUAUAAUCUGCUCGAAUCACGGGAAAUGCCAGUGCGGACGCUGCGAGUGCGAGAUGACUGAUAACAACCGGUAUACCGGUAAAUACUGUGAAGAUUGUCCGUCUUGUCCGGCACAAAGGUGUGAAGAAUUGAGUCACUGCGUGCAAUGCCAAGUUUACAAAACUGGAAAAUACGAAAAAACCUGCGGGAUAGACUGCACGGCUUUUGAAACUAUCGUUUUGGAAUCAUUAGAUGAUAAUCCCGUAGAUGAUAUUAAAAAAUGCAAAAUCCCCGAUAACGAUACGUGUAUUAUUAACUUCGAUUACUACUACAAGGGAGACAAUAAUUUGGUGGUGAGGGCUUUAAAGAAAAAAGUCUGCCCGGAACAAGCGAACGUAACAGCGUGGAUCUUCGGAGUGAUUGCUUCGAUCGUAAUAGCGGGUAUAAUUUUGUUGCUGAUUUGGAAAAUUUUGACGUCGAUUCACGACCGACGGGAAUACGCUAAAUUCGAAAACGAGAGGAAAAAUCUCAAGUGGGGAACCGGCGAUAAUCCCUUGUAUAAAGAAGCUACGUCGACGUUCGCGAAUCCCGCUUACAAAAGAAAUAGCGUCAGAAUGUCUAAAUGA